AUGAAUGGGGUAGUAGAUGCUUAUUUAGCCUACCUAGUACAAGCAGAUAUAGAAAAGAGAAACAAGAUAAUAAUGUAUCCAUCCCUAACAAUGACUGCAAUUGAGGAUGGCUCAUUUACCAUUAAAGGUUACAAAAAGAAGCUGAAACUGUUUGAGUGUUCCACAGUGAUUGGUGCAGUUGUCAGGCAUGGACAUUGGACAUUACUUAUCGUUGAACCAGAGAGUGGAAUAAUUCUUUUCUACAAUCCUUUGAUGGAGAGAAGAUCACAGAUACUUGCAGUGAAAAGAAAUUGGUGUUCUUAUAUGAGUCAAAGGAUGUUGGCUUACAAUGAGGUGAUUCAGAAGCAGUGGCAGGUGGAAACAAAAAUGCACUCUAAACAGACAGAUGGUUACAACUGCGGAGUACAUUGUUUGCUGUUUGCAGAACGAGAUAUCAGUGGACAGUCUGUUAUUAACAUCACAAAUGCAGACCUUACAGCUAUGAGACAGAAAAUUGCUACGAACUUGAUGAUGUUUGAAAGUAAUCAAACUUUCUUCAUAAGUAAGCUUUGA